AUGGCUGAAGUAGUAGUGUUUGGCAUUGCAGAGGAAGUCCUGAAGAGUCUGGGAUCAAAGGCCCUUGCUGAGAUUGCCUCAGCUUGGGGCUUCAAGGCUCGGCUCGAGAAGCUCAAGGAUACCAUCAACACUAUCAAAGGGAAGCUGUUGGAUGCUGAAGAGAGGCAAUCUGACGAUGCUGUUCGUGGUUGGCUUGAGAGGCUUACCACUGUUGUCUAUGCUGCCGAUGACUUGUUUGAUGAGUUUGCUACUAUUGCUGCACGAAAACAAUUCAUGGGCGGAAAUAAGAAGGUGCAAACAUUCUUCUCCCGCGACAAUCAGAUAGCCUUUGCCUUCCGUGUUUCCCGAAAGAUCAAAAAAAUUCGGGAAAAGCUUGCUGACAUAGUCAGUGAUGGUACACAGUUUAACUUUGUACCCUGCUCUCAUGAGGAAAGGAGAGUAAUGAAGAGGUCUAUGAGAGAUCAGACUUAUUCUUUUGUUGAUGCUGAGGAAGUUAUUGGCAGAGAUGAUGAUAAGACAGUCAUCUUGGACAUGCUUCUUGCUUCUUCUUCCACUGACGGCGAGCACGAGCAGAGGGACAAGAUGCUCCCUGUCAUCACAAUUGUGGGAAUGGGUGGCAUGGGGAAGACAACAUUAGCUAAAUUCAUAUUCAAUGAUCUUGAGGUUGAGGAAUGCUUUGAAAUGAGAUUAUGGGUCUGUGUUUCAGAUGUCUUUGAUAUCAAGGAUAUCACUGAGAAGAUCCUCAAGUCUGCAACCAACAAAGAGAUACCCAAGUUAGAGAUGGAACAGCUGCAAGGUCAAUUGCGGAAAGAAAUCAGUGAUAAGAAAUACUUGCUUGUUCUAGAUGACAUGUGGAAUGAAAAUCGUGAGAAAUGGCUCGAGUUGAGGGAUCUUUUGAAGGUUGGUAGAAAGGGGAGCAAAAUCGUGGUAACUACUCGAUCAAGUGAGGUGGCCAAAAUAAUGGGCACUUUUUUUCCUUACGAAUUACAAGGUCUAUCAGAAGAAAGGUCCUGGGAAUUAUUUAAAAAGAUGGCAUUCAAUGAAGAAGCUCAACAAAAUCCAUGCUUAGUGGAGGUAGGCAAGGAGAUUGUUAAGAAGUGUGGGAAACUUCCUUUGGCCAUAAGAACCGUAGGCAGUCUGCUUUAUGGUAAGGAGGAGAGAAAGUGGUUGUCAAUCAAGGAAACAAGUCUAGCAAAAAUACCUGAGAGCCAAAGUGAUAUUAUGAGCAUUCUUAGGCUCAGCUAUCAUCACCUGUGGUCGCCAUUGAAAAAUUGUUUUGCAUAUUGCUCUUUGUUUCCGAAAGACACUGAAUUAGACAAAGAAUUGUUGAAAGAGCUUUGGAUGGCAGAGGGUUUCAUUAUUCCAGAAACCAAUGAAAACCAAAGCCUAGAUGAGGCUGCGGAGGACUAUUUUCAAACUUUGCUGCAAAGGGGCUUUUUCCAGGAUAUAAUAAAAAAUGGUUGGGGUGCUAUUACGGGUUGUAAAAUGCACGACUUGAUGCAUGAUCUUGCUCAAGAAGUGGCGGGAGUCAAGUGCAAGCUUGCAAAGUUUGCAGAAAGAAACUUUGAUGAUCGAAUCCUCCACUUGUCCUUUUCUUAUCGUUUGACUUCGUUGUGGAAAAUUCCAAAUGGCAUGUUUAAUCUGAAGCUGAUGCGUACGUUUCUUGUGCCAGAGCAAAUAUAUGAUGGGUCUACAUUUAGUGAAUCAGUUUGCCAACAGUUAAUAAGAAGAUUUAGCUGCUUGCGGGUGUUGGAUCUACAUCACCUCAGCCUCAAGAGUUUGCCCAGUUCAAUAGGUAAGCUGAUUCACCUGAGAUUCCUCAAUUUAUCUAGAACAGAUAUUGAAGAACUCCCUGAUUCAAUCACAGAUCUUCAGAAUUUGCAAACACUAAAUCUACGUUGGUGUUCACACCUUAGAACUCUACCAGAAAAUAUUAGAAAACUCGCUAGUUUGAGGAGCCUUGAUGUUAGAAAUUGUGCUUUGACUCACAUGCCAUCGGGGUUAGCAGGAUUGAUUUCGCUGAAUAGGCUGCCUAAAUUUAAAGUAAUUUAUGAGCAUUCAGCAGGGUUAACAAACAAGCCCAACAGUAGUGCUAAAUUGAAUGAUCUAAAGGAACUCAAUAACUUAAGAGGUGACCUGCAUAUAAUGAUCUUCGGAGAUUUUGAAAAGAACAUGCUAGAAGAAGAAGUAGAAGCAAACCUGACCAAGAAACAGGGGCUGACCGAAUUGACAAUAGACUUUCAAAAUACAGAUGUUAAUGACAGUAGCCAUUAUGAAGCUGUGCUGGAGGGCCUCAAACCGCAUUCUAAUUUAAGGAAACUUAAGAUUAAAUGGUAUAAGGGUCAGAAGCUCCCAAGUUGGGCAAGGAGGGGUGAUUUGUGUAUUACACUCCCAUAUUUGGUUAAAAUUCACCUUUACAGUUGCAGUUGUCAACAAGUCCCUGUGUUUAGUCAACUACGUUUCUUGAAGCAUCUUUCGAUUAUGUGUAUGCAUAGUGUGGAAUAUAUGGAGAAUGGUGUAUGUGAAACUUCCUCGUCAUCAUCAAAAUCGCAAGGGAUGCAAACUCUAUUCUUCCCAUCUCUUGAAGUACUUGUAUUGCGGGAAAUGAAAAAACUAGAAGGAUGGUGGAAAAGGGUAGAAGCAAUUAAGAGUACAAAUGAUUCAGAAAGUACAUCGUCAUCUGAAUUAGUUGAGGCGGGCCAACAAUAUGAUCAGCAUCAACUAUCCAUGCAAUUUUGUAAUCUCUUGAAAUUAGUUAUAUGCAAAUGUCCAGAGUUGAAAUUCCUGCCACUUUGUCCAAAAGUGGAGGUGUUGAGACUAACUGAGACCAAUGAGAGGCUUUCAGUAGUGAAGAUUGUUACAACUCUAUCAACAACCACCGCAUCUUGUUCUGGUUCGACAAGGGGUGAUUUGAAGUUGAAGGAGCUGGCAAUGGAUAGUGUGGAAGACCAACUUAUGUCCCUUCCUAAACAAUAUCUGCACCAGCUUUCUUCGCUAAUUGUCGAAUUAGAUGAUGAGCUAGUGAACACUAAAAGUCUAGGAGAAGCGUUUGCAACUCUAUCUUAUUCUCUCCGACGUUUGAAAUUCUAUAGAUGUAAUAAGUUGAGAAGCAUAUCUCAAGGCCUGGAACGUCUGACUGCAUUGGAGAAGUUGACCUUUUGGAGUUGUGCAGUGCUUGAUGUAUCAGUAAAUGAACAACCAACGGCAAGUGGAGAGGGAGAUGAAAUGAUGCCUUGGAAAGCCUUCAAAACUAAUCUUCGCUCUUUGCAAUUUGUAAUACUUCCUAAAAUGGUGGGUCUUCCGAGUGGCCUUCAACAUUUGACGAACCUCCAUUAUCUGCAACUAAAACAAAAUGAAGAGUUGAGGGAAAUACCGGAAUGGAUAAGUUGUUUGUCCUCUCUUGAAGAUCUGGAAUUGAUCGAUUGUCCCAAAUUGACAUAUCUACCAGAAGGCCUUAGCAAGCUCACCUCCCUAAAUAAACUCACUAUCAUAGAAUGUCCAGAAUUGACAGAAAGAUGUCGACGCCCAAAUGGUCUCGACUGCCCCAAGUUUCACCAUGUCCCUCUCGCUAUUGUUAAAGACAAAUUGGAUUUUUUUUAA